GCACAAGCUGGGGGGAGGAAGCGGAGAAAGCAUCCUGGUGUCGCAGCUCCAGCACGGGCUGACCCUGGAGUUUGAGCACAGCGAUUCGCCCCGUCGGCUUCGUCUCGUGCUGAGCGAGUUACUGGCAAUUAUGAACAAGGUGUCAGAAUCGAAUGGUGAGUUUUUUCUCAAAUCUUCUGAGCUCUUCGAGAGUCCUGUUUAUCUGGAGGAGGCAGCAGAUGUUCUCUGCAUUUUGCAAGCAGAGCUGCCAUCACUGUUGCCGAUAGUUGAUGUGGCUGAAGCUUUGUUGCAUGUUAAAAACGGAGCCUGGUUCCUCUGCCUUCUGGUGGCCAAUGUCCCCGAUAGCUUUAAUGAGGUCUGUAGAGGUUUGAUUAAGAAUGGUGAGCGGCAAGAUGAGGAGAGUGUCGGAGGCCGUCGGAGAACAGAAGCGCUGCGCCACCUCUGCAAAAUGAACCCUUCCCAAGCUCUGAGGGUCCGAGGCAUGGUGGUGGAAGAGUGUCAUCUGCCAGGUCUUGGUGUGGCUUUGACCUUGGAUCACACCAAAAAUGAAUCUUCUGAUGAUGGAGUGAGUGACCUGGUGUGUUUUGUGAGCGGUUUGCUACUUGGAACAAAUGCAAAGGUUCGAACUUGGUUUGGAACUUUUAUCCGAAAUGGCCAACAGAGAAAAAGAGAUAAUAUCAGUUCUGUGCUUUGGCAAAUGAGGAGGCAGCUGCUCCUGGAGCUCAUGGGAAUCCUUCCCACGGUUCGCAGCACACACAUUGUUGAAGAAGCAGAUGUUGAUACGGAGCCAAAUGUGUCUGUGUAUUCAGGACUGAAGGAAGAGCAUGUCGUGAAAGCCAGCGCAUUGUUACGUCUCUACUGCGCUUUGAUGGGAAUUGCUGGGCUGAAGCCAACUGAUGAAGAAGCUGAGCAGCUACUGCAGCUGAUGACGAGCCGGCCUCCCGCAACUCCCGCUGGCGUCCGCUUUGUCUCUCUCUCCUUUUGCAUGCUGCUGGCCUUCUCCACUCUGGUCAGCACCCCGGAACAGGAGCAGCUCAUGGUAAUGUGGCUUAGCUGGAUGAUAAAGGAAGAAGCCUACUUUGAAAGCAUUUCUGGUGUGUCUGCGUCUUUUGGAGAGAUGCUUCUCUUGGUAGCCAUGUAUUUCCAUAGUAACCAGCUCAGUGCUAUCAUCGAUUUGGUUUGCUCCACCUUGGGAAUGAAGAUUGUUAUUAAGCCCAGCUCACUCAGCAGAAUGAAGACAAUCUUCACACAGGAGAUUUUCACUGAGCAGGUUGUUACGGCCCACGCAGUUCGUGUGCCUGUUACGGGCAACCUCAGCGCCAACAUCACUGGGUUUUUACCGAUUCACUGCAUUUACCAGCUUUUAAAAAGUCGAUCAUUCACGAAGCACAAAGUAUCCAUUAAGGACUGGAUCUAUCGGCAGCUCUGUGAAACCACCACCCCGCUCCAUCCGCAGUUGCUCCCUCUGAUUGACGUCUACAUUAACUCCAUUCUUACUCCUGCGUCAAAAUCCAACCCGGAGGCCACAAAUCAGCCUGUCACGGAGCAGGAGAUCCUCAAUGUCUUUCAGGGACUCUCUGGGGGAGAAAAUGCCCGUCUUACUCCACGAUACAGCAUCACUACACAGUUACUCGUGCUCUACUAUGUCCUGUCGUAUGAGGAGGCACUUCUGGCAAGCACAAAGAUACUAGCUGCCAUGCAGAGAAAACCCAAGUCUUACUCUUCAGCAUUAAUGGAUCAGAUUCCAAUCAAGUACCUCAUCCGGCAGGCGCAAGGACUGCAGCAGGAACUGGGAGGCUUGCAUUCCGCGCUGUUGCGCCUGCUGGCAACCAACUACCCGCACCUCUGCAUUGUGGAAGACUGGAUCUGUGAGGAACAGAUCACGGGCACUGAUGCCUUACUGAGGAGGAUGCUUCUUACAAACAUUGCAAAGAAUCACUCUCCCAAACAGCUACAAGAAGCAUUUUCCCUGCUGCCUGGAAAUCAUACCCAGCUGAUGCAAAUCUUAGAACAUUUAACACUUCUGUCAGCUGGUGAAUUGAUCCCGUAUGCAGAAGUAUUGACAUCCAAUAUGAAUCUCUUGCUGAAUGCUGGAGUCCCUCGAAGGAUUCUUCAGACUGUCAAUAAACUUUGGAUGGUCCUUAACACUGUGAUGCCGAGAAGGUUGUGGGUGAUGACUGUUAAUGCUCUGCAGCCUUCGGUAAAAAUAGUCCGACAGCAGAAGUACACUCAGAAUGAUCUGAUGAUUGAUCCUUUGAUUGUGCUACGAUGUGAUCAGAGAGUUCAUAGGAGUCCUCCUCUGAUGGAUAUAACUCUGCACAUGCUGAAUGGCUAUCUUCUCGCUUCCAAAGCGUACCUCAAUUCUCACCUGAAAGAAACAGCAGAGCAGGACAUUAGGCCAUCACAGAACAACGCAAUGGGUCCAGAGGCCCCAGAAGUUACAAGGGAAGAACUGAAAAACGCGUUGCUUGCUGCUCAGGACAGUGCUGCUGUGCAGAUUCUUCUAGAGAUCUGCUUACCUACAGAAGACGAGAAAGCCCAGACCAGCCCUACGAAUCCUGAACUCGAGGAAGAAGAUAGUUUGCUGUGCAAUCUUCGAGAGGUCCAGUGCCUGAUCUGCUGCCUUCUGCAUCAGAUGUAUAUAGCAGAUCCCAACAUAGUCAAACUCGUUCAUUUUCAGGGUUAUCCCUGUGAACUUCUGGCGCUGACAGUGGCAGGGAUUCCGUCAAUGCACAUCUGUCUGGAUUUCAUACCGGAGCUCAUUGCCCAGCCUGAACUUGAAAAACAGAUAUUUGCCAUCCAGUUACUUUCAUUUUUGUGUAUCCAGUAUGCACUACCCAAAUCUCUCAGCGUGGCUCGUUUAGCUAUCAAUGUGAUGGGAACUCUGCUCACGGUUUUAACUCAGUCGAAGCGCUAUGUGUUUUUUAUGCCGACCCUGCCCUGUUUGGUAUCGUUCUGUCAAGCCUUUCCUCCUUUGUAUGAGGAUAUUAUGUCUCUGCUGAUACAAAUAGGACAAGUUUGUGCCUCUGAUGUUGCUACGCAGACAAGAGAUUUUGACCCAAUUAUUACACGUCUCCAGCAACUAAAGGAAAAACCUCAUGAAGUGUCUGGACUUUGUAAAGAUUCAUCUAACAAAAGUUGUUCAAGGGACGUUGCAAGCAUGGAUCCUGACGUUCGGUUAUGCCAGUGCGUGGAAAAUACUAUCAUUGAAAUAAUUAACAUGAGUGUAAGUGGAAUUUAGGAAGACUUCAAAUGAAAUUGGACUGUAGCUGGUCCCACAGCCUGUGGUUUCUGAAGGUGGAGAAAGCUGCCAAAGUGGACUGAAGAACUGGAGCACCAGAACUCCGUGUUUUUCGAUCAU